UAAACUGGAAGUCAAGUACAACUCAAAUGCAACUGCGGCUUUGUGUAUGCAAGUAGCAGGAUCAACUGUUCACAUCGGAGUGAAUGUGUGAGUCUCGCUUGAUGGGCGGGGGCGGUCUUCGUGAUUAGCGUCAUUAAUCAUGGUGGGUGACUUCCAACUCACGGUGGUGACUGCUAAAUCAUUACCGUCAACGGUGGGCACAAGAAGUAGGUGAGAUAGAUACCUGCAGCAUUACAUUGGACUUGCAUGAGACCGGGGGUUCGACGACCAGAUACCGUGAGGCUUCGCAUGAUGUCAUAACCAAGAGAUUUACCCAUUCUAGAUUGGAGAAUGGAUCGCAACAUCGACAGACGAGCUUCGACAUGAGCUCACCUAAGCUAUCCCCAGAACCACCAUCAUGUCGUACCGCGCAUUUAGCUUCAUUGUUAGCGGCAAAGUACAGGGCGUUUUCUACAGAGCUUUCACCAAGGACAUUGCCCACGAUACAGGCGUCGUUGGCUGGGUAGCCAAUGAUACGACGGGUCAUGUAGUUGGAGAAGCUCAGGGUAGCGAAGGCGCCUUGGAUAGAUUCAAGAAGGUCUUGCACACCGGUCCACCGCAUGCUAUCGUCAAGAACGUGGAGCUCUCGAACGAGCGCGUUCUUAAUCAGCUCGAGUUCGACGUCUUCGAAGUCCGACGGCGAUAGACAUGGGAGGCGUUGGGUGUUAUGGUGAACACGAACGAGAACGCUACACCGUUCGAAAUUUGAGUCCCAGGGCCUAGGGUAUCUUGUAGUUGACUUUGGUCGAAUGUAUAGUGUGCCAGUGUACGGAACUUCAUCGCGACCUUGACAACGAUGACGGCCCGCGGCGCCGCGCACACAGAAAUGAUACUUAGUUGUGGCAAAACUGUAACGGGAUUCAUUUCAUUUCUGCCAAGUGCAAGCCUGAAUUUCGAUGCGAUAGUGCCAGGCUCCAGCAGCAGUGAACCAGGGUCGGAAUUUCUGUCGGAUAUCCAUCGACA